UAACUCAUCCUCCGAAGCUAUAAAAGCUUCUGGCUUCCUGACAGGAGGCACCAUCAAGUCCAAGAACCCCAGGAGUUAAGGUUGGUCGAGCUCAUCCACAGCCAUGAAAUUCUCCCUUGUUGCCACUCUUCUCGUGCUGGCCGCCGUCUACGGCUCAGAAGCGGCGUCGCUGGUGAAGCGUGAUGUCCAGUCUGAUGUAGACAAGUUCACCCAGCUGUUCAAAGACAUGUCCAUCAGCGUCUCCGCCGCAACUCAGGAGAUGAUAGAGAAGAUGAAGGCCCUGGAGAUGACCAACGCUGCUCAGACAUACAUGGAGGACAGCAGGGUUAAGAUCCAGCCUCUGAUGGAGACAGUCCAGUCUGAGGCCACUAGGCUGCAGGAGCAGGUCCAGCCAUACAUCAUCAACAUGGAGGAACAUAUGAAACCCCUGACAGACAACCUCAAUGCUCAGGUCAAGCCCCUCACAGACAUGAUGGAGAAGUUCUUUCAGCAGGUGAUGGAUCAGUCCAAGACCCUGCUGCCACCCCAGUAAAACCCCGAUCCUGGAACUGUCUGGAACAGAACAUACCGGGACUUGAACUGUUAUGUCAUAGACUUGUCUGAGAUGUCGAAUUCCAUCAUUAAAAAGGAUUGAAAGUCA